UCCCAACGUGCCACUCGAUUUGAAAGAUUGUGAGAAUACCUAGUAGCUUGUCAAUUUUCCUCUAUUCCUUUACAUUCUCACCACCCUUCUCUCGAACUUCUUCGCUGAGGUCUUCUUUUCAUCACACAACUUCAUCUGCAAGAUGUCACGAUUCCUAAGACCAGCGACUCGUUUCGCUUCUUCAGCUCGCCCUACACGAAGUACCUUUCAAUCAGUUACCCGUCUACCUGCCAUUGUGCAAACCCGAGGAUAUGCACAGGAGAGUAGUGUUAAAGAAUAUACAGUUAGGGAGGCCUUGAACGAAGCUUUGGCGGAAGAAUUGGAGUUAAAUCCAAAGGUUUUCGUCCUGGGUGAGGAAGUUGCUCAAUACAAUGGCGCAUACAAGGUUACCAAGGGAUUACUGGAUCGUUUCGGCGAAAAGAGAGUAAUUGACAGUCCCAUCACUGAAUCGGGUUUCUGUGGAUUAACUGUCGGUGCUGCAUUGGCAGGUCUGCAUCCUGUGGUAAGGACUUUUGACCCCUCACUCGUUUUGGGCUGAAGGUCUAUCGAGAUGAGAGAAAAUGAUAGCUAAACACAAUUUACAGUGCGAGUUCAUGACUUUCAACUUCGCUAUGCAAGCCAUUGAUCAAAUCGUCAACUCCGCCGCCAAAACUCACUACAUGUCCGGUGGUAUCCAACCCUGUAACAUCACUUUCCGCGGGCCUAACGGUUUCGCAUCUGGUGUCGCUGCACAACAUUCACAAGAUUACUCUGCAUGGUACGGAAGCAUACCCGGUCUCAAGGUCGUCACUCCAUGGAGUGCCGAAGAUGCCAAGGGAUUACUCAAGGCUGCUAUCCGCGACCCCAACCCUGUCUGCGUUCUCGAGAAUGAAUUGUUGUACGGUCAAUCUUUCCCCAUGAGCGAAGCUGCCCAAAAGAAUGACUUCGUUCUUCCUUUCGGAAAAGCCAAGAUUGAGCGCGCUGGAAAGGAUCUCACUAUCGUUACUUUGUCCCGCUGUGUUGGACAAUCCCUUGUCGCAGCUGAGAAUCUGAAGAAGAAGUAUGGCGUCGAAGUCGAAGUUAUCAAUCUCCGAUCCAUCAAGCCUUUGGAUGUCGAAACUAUCAUGACCUCCCUCAAGAAGACCCACCGUCUCCUUGCUGUCGAGUCUGGUUUCCCAGCUUUCGGUGUCGGUGCUGAAUUGCUUGCCUUGACUAUGGAGUUCGGUUUCGAUUAUCUCGAUGCUCCAGCUCAAAGAAUUACUGGUGCCGAAGUCCCUACGCCAUAUGCACAGAAAUUGGAAGAUAUGAGUUUCCCUAACGAGCAAUUGAUUGAGAACUACGUCGCCAAAAUGUUACGAUUGUAAGAUUAUGAAAGUUUCUUAGUCGUUAAUGAUGAGGGGCG